AUGGCUCCAAAAGUUGCAAUUAUAAUCUACUCAAUGUACCACCACAUUGCUCAAUUGGCAGAAGAAGAAAAAAAGGGUAUUGAGCAAGCUGGUGGUCAAGUUGAUAUCUACCAAGUGCCAGAAACCUUAUCUGAUGAUGUAUUGAAAUUAUUACAUGCACCACAGAAACCAAACUACCCAAUUGCUACUCCAGAAACUUUAACCAAAUACGACGCUUUCUUAUUUGGUAUCCCAACUAGAUUCGGUAACUACCCAGCUCAAUUCAAAUCCUUCUGGGAUGCCACUGGUGGUUUAUGGGCUAAAGGUGCUUUACACGGUAAACUCGCUGGUAUCUUUGUUUCUACCGGUACUCAAGGUGGUGGUCAAGAAACUACCGCCGCCAAUGCUUUGUCUGUAUUGGUACACCACGGUAUCAUCUACGUUCCAUUGGGUUACGCUAAAGCUUUCGCUUUACAAUCAAACUUGAACGAGGUCCACGGUGGUUCUCCAUACGGUGCAGGUACUCUUGCUGCUGGUGACGGUUCAAGACAACCAAGUGCUUUGGAAAAGGAAAUCGCCCAAAUCCAAGGUAAAUACUUUUACGAAACUGCCGUCAAGUACUUUGGUUAA